AAGCAGUCACGGUUUACCCAUAUACACAAUGUUGGAUUCUGUGCUAAAAGUGUGGAUUUAUAAGCCACACGUCAUUCACAAGCAAGUAUACGGAUCCAGAGUUACAAUUCUGUCGGACAGUUCAAUUGUUCGAACAAUCUACCCAAAACUUCACACUCGUUUGGAGUCUUUUGAAGAACAAAUAGUUGAAUCUGCUUCAGUGUUUCCUCGAACUGAAUGGAGCGCUGGGCUUUUUAGUGCCGAUUGGCUUAAAACUGUCCUUCAGGUGAAACUAAACAGCUGGUUGUCACAGAAAAUUAGCAAUUCGCCACCAUCACUGUUGCUCGUUGACUUAAAUUGUUACCAGUUAUGCUAUAAGCAUCUUAAAGAUCGCUACGCAAAAUGGAUAGCAUCGUUCUGGUGCGAACGAACCGAUCCGGAGAAGUUUAUUCAUGAAGAUAUUGGGAUAGCCGCAUACCUAUUAGUACUGCUCCUGUUUAUGGCGAAACACCGCACCUAUGCCUCGUUUCGUCGAUGUUGGCUGCGGAAAUGGCCUGCUCGUCUUUCUCUUGAUAUCCGAGGGAGUGAGUCCUACGAAGGUAUUGGGAUCGAUGUUCGGAAAAGGUCAAUUUGGGAUCAGUUUCCUGAUGCGGUGAAAAAGAACCUGAUCGAGAAAACACUUAAUCCCCAAACUCAUCCGGGUUUCCCUGAAGCCACUUGGUUGAUCGGCAACCAUAGUGACGAACUUACACCAUGGCUCCCAGUUCUAGCCACUCGCUCCAACCAUCAUUGUUGUGCCUUUGUGAUCCCCUGCUGCCCUUUCAGCCUUUUCCACAAGUUUGACGCUGGGAAGCAUAGACAUCAUGAAAUUCCUGAUGUGGGUUCGGAGGAGGGAUUUUGGCGCGGCCGCUACCGUGAGUAUGUGGCGUACCUGCAGGGUAGUUUCGAAACCUGUGGAUUUGUUCCCGAGGUUGACAUUUUGCGUAUUCCAUCGACUAAACGCCUUUGCAUCAUCGGACGUGAACUUAGAGAGACGACUAUUGGUUGGGAGAAAAGGAAAGAGAAUGUUGAAGCCAUGGUACUAUCGGAAUGUGGAACCCAAUUCAAACCAAGGGAACGCGACGCAGGCCAAAGUGUAGGCUGCCUCUCCGCAGAGGAGAGGGAAAUUAUCGGAAUGAAGGUGUUUAAGAGGUUGCUUCAACUCUGUCCUCCAAGUGAAGUAAUACAAACUUACGAUGGACGUCGAUGGAAUCCUGGAGGCUGCCUCAGCUUAAAAGAAGCUAGUCAAAUGAUAGACCCAACUCUCCUGGCCAAAAUGAAGCUUUUUAAAGGCGGGCUUCAGGCUGUUCUUCGCAGCCAACAUCAGACUUUCAUGGUGACUGGGGCCGGAAUACGCCUACGCUUUGAUCCGUCGCGCCAGCAUCAGAUUGACAGCGUGAAGAGCGACAAGCCACGAAAGACGAAGCGCUGUUGGAUGGAGGCGAACCAUCCCGAUGGCUGUCCCUACCCCCCUUCUUUGUGUUAUUUUGCUCACGAAAGCGAGCAGCUCUUGAUUAAACAAACUCCCUACUAA